AUGGGCGGACUGGGCGGCCUGCGAGCGUGGCAAUGGGUCUUUGCCAUCGAUGGUCUUCUCACCUGCCUUAUCGCGGUCAUCGGAUACAUGCUCCUUGUUAAGAUGCACACAAGGCACGCCAGUUCUUGUCGCAGCGAGAAAUUGGUUUUGUACUUCACCAAAUCGAUCGAGAUCGUCGCGACGCGAAUGGGGCUCCGCACUGAUUUUCCCGUACUCGUGGCCUACUUAUUGGCCUUCUUCAUGCCAAUUAAUCUAUCCGCCAAACUCGGCUUCAGCGUCGGAGCAUCACAAGCUCUCAGCACACCACCAUACUUCCUCGCAGCUAUCCUGAUGUACACCGAGGGCUGGCUAGGAGACAAAUGGCAGGUCCGCAGCCCAAUAAUCGUCUACAACUCCCUCCAAACAAUCGUCGGCCUAUGUCUACUACAAUGGGUAGCUUCACCCGGCGUUCAAUAA